AUGAACCACGUUACAUUGACGAAACAAGUAAAAACACAUGAUGAUCAAGGCAAUGCUUCCAAAUCCACCGUAACAGAAAAAAAGGAGAAUCUCUCAGACAUAUGGAAUCCGGCAUUCAACGAAUUUCAAUUUGGAGAUAGUCCAGCAGAUGUCAAUUCUCAUCUUCCUAAUCCAUUUGAUUCAUCAAAAUGGGAAGAUUUACCACAAGCACACGAAAAUAAAGAGGAUGUUGUGAAAUAUUUUUGGUUGCCUCUAAGUCGAUUUGGUGAUAAAAUUACAAAAUUUAUUCCACCAAAUACAACUGUUAAUGAGCAAAGUUAUAUUUGCUUUUUAUUUAUCCAUCAAAAAUUAUAUUUUAUAUCUAUUCGUUUAUUUCAUGAUGAUACCCAUCAAAAUUAUAAUGACAUAGUCGAAGCAUAUGCUAACGCAGUGAACACUCCAAUAAUAGAAACUGAACAUGGAAAAGAAUUCUUCUAUACAGAUGAUAGCAUUAUAUAUGUUGCUCACUUUCAUGACGAUAAAAGUCAUAUUCUUAUUGAAGUUCUUCAAAAAGGCCAUUCUAAAUCUGAUGAUAAUACAUUUCGUCAAUUAUCUCUUGAUCGUGAACGAAAGUUAUCACCCGCUCAAACAUUUAUACCAUCACAAGCACAUAAGUAUGAUAUUAUGAUUUCUUAUUCUCAUAGAGAUAAAGAACUUAGUCAUCGUAUUUAUUAUCGUUUGCUUGAAGAUAAAUUUCGUGUAUGGAUGGAUGUAGAAAAUAUGUAUGGUCCAAUCGUUGAAAGAAUGGCUGAAUCAAUUGAAAACUCAGAAUUUGUCUUAUUAUUGAUGUCUAAUGCUUAUAAAUCAUCUUCAUAUUGUCAACUUGAAGCAGAAUAUGCUUUUAAAUAUCAAGCUUGUUUAAUACCUCUUGUUGUUAAAAAUGAUUUCACACAAACAGGCUGGUUAGGAAUGCUGGUUGGACUUCGACAUCAUAUUGAUUUUACUAAAACAACGUUCGAUGACGCAUAUACACAAUUAUGCAAGGAACUUCAACAUUUUCGAACACAAGCAAUCGAGAAGAGUCAACCACUGAAAUCGGCUGAAUGA